GUGUUGUUGCUUUUGCGAGUCGGCUCUCUCAUUCACUGAUCAACAACGCGAUAACACGAUACCUGCAUAGCACCACUUGUUCUGUUUAUUUACCUGCAUAGCCGAUUCUACUAAACGGAAACUAUCGCAUGGCCUCCACCAAACGCCUGCUCAAGGAGCUCCAGGACUACCAGCGGGAUCCCAAUGAUGCGCUGGCUGAGCUGGGGCCUGUGAGUGAUGAUGAGUUGAUGCAUUGGACGGCGGUCAUGAAGGGGGUUAAUGGGAGUCCGUAUGAAGGCGGCCGCUGGAAACUGGACAUCCGCGUGCCCUCAAACUACCCCCUCGCGCCGCCAGAGAUCAAGUUCAUCAACCGCAUAUGCCACCCGAACGUGAACUUCCAGACCGGCGAAAUCUGCCUCGAUCUCCUCAAGAACAACUGGUCGGCCAUCUACACCCUCUCGGCCACCCUCACUGCUGUCCACCAGCUCCUGACAUCCGCGGAGCCCGAAUCCCCGCUGAACGUCGACAUCGCGGCGCUGUUCCGGCAAGGAGAUAUCGUGGGUGCUGAGGCCUUGAUCCGGUUCUACACGGAGAGUGAACGGUGGGAAGGGCGGUAGUCCAGUAUCAUUGGAGAGGUUGCACAAAGGGCAUUGAAUUGGAGAGACUAGUACACAAUCUGGAAUUGGGAGCCGUGGAUCUUCAGCGAGGCGCUUGGGAUUGGUUAUAGCUGAGUUGGUACCUCGUACAUACGGAGUAGUAUCCCACACCUAGCGAAUAGUUCAAUAAGACAAGGGUAACAAUAUUGAAAAAACAUGGGGAAUGCUAGCACCCACGUAGAAC